CGGCCUGUCUCGCAAUGCCAACACUGUCGUACUUUGCGGAGGUCGCGCUCCGCUCACGUCAAGUGCAGCUGUGGAAAACAAGCAAAUAGUAACACACUACAGGGAAGUUUCACAGACAAUGAAGCAGGCAAGUUUUCCCUGGGUACAGUAAUAUUAUUUGGCUUUUAACUUUUGGUCCUUGAACACAGGAGGCUGCUAUUGUAACUACGGUGGCCGCUGCACCUGCGCUUACAAGAAGGAACAAACACCACUAGAUGCGACACUAGAUACGAAUCCUCAACCCGAUUAUUCAACGGAACUUAACUUGCCCAACAUGAAUGGAGUGGAACUCCGAUUCGGCGGCUCCAGUCGCGAGCCACAUCAAGAGCAUCUCCACGUGACGUCGGAGAUCCCCAUAGCCCUCUCGAACCACAGCACUAUCCCCUUCGCACUUCAACAUCUCGACACACAGCUACCGCUUCCCGACAUGUCUUCCAACGUCUGCGAGUAUUCGAAAAAUGCCGAUUUCGGGCUGUUCGGCAGUCCACAUACGGCAGCUUCAAUACUCAGUACGGGUCGGGGUUCUUCCGAUAACAACUGGACUAACAACUUGUUCGACACAACGACCAGCAACAUUCAGGCUCAAAACGUCAACGACUCCGAUUUUGCAUGGCUUACGCAGCCGACCCUAGGCUCCACGCCCCAAUUAUUUCUGGAGGAAGUGCGAGAGGCAGGGGACUGUGGCACUAUUACUCAAGACUUAGGUGACGGCCCGGAGUCACUAGAACCUGUUUCCUCUGGCGGACCGAAUUAUACUGAUACCUCUUUUGAGACAGAAGAGUUGGGUUGGUUUAGCUGGGAAGCAUAAUGAGCAGGCAAGUUCAAGUCAUGACUUCAAUGGAGAAUACGACAGAAUGAUCUACUUUACGAAUGGAGUUGGGUUGAGAAAACAAACUAGGAAGAUGGUCUAAUCAAACCACCGUCAGGAGAGCAGACACGUAUCAGACAUUGCAGUAGUGGGCGGCUCUUUUCGUAUUCAAUCGAACAUACGCAAGUCACCCGUGCCUCUCAUCUUCACGGAAAGAACUUGAGCUCGAAAGAUAAUUACAUGUACAACUCAGUCAAGAGCUAGCUGCAGCAGUGCAUAGACACCAGACGACCCGGCCCUUGUACCUGCUCUUGCAAAAAAGCUCCUUCGAUCAACACCAUAA